AAAACCAAACAAAGUUCCUUAGCUCACACUACAUCUAGUGUGAGAGAGAUAGAGAGAGCGCAAAUGGAGGACGCGUACAUCACGGCCUGCCUCGCCGUAGCUCUCGUGUCGCUGCUCAUCGUGAUCGCGGGCAGGCGGCGCUGGGGGCCGCGUGGCGAAGGCCUGCGCCUGCCGCCCGGGCCUUGGCAGCUGCCGGUGAUCGGCAGCCUGCACCACCUCGUCCUCGCUGGGAAGCUCCCUCACCGCGCGCUGCGCGAGCUGGCGCGGCGCCACGGGCCGGCCAUGCUGCUCCGGCUCGGUGAGGUCAACGCCGUCGUGGUGUCCUCCCGGGAGGGGGCGCGCGAGGUGCUCAAGAACCACGACACCAUGUUCGCGACGCGGCCCCUGAGCACCACCAUGCGCGUGCUCUCCUACGGCGGCCAGGACAUCGUCUUCGCGCCCUACGGCGAGUACUGGCGCCAGCUCCGCAAGAUCGCCGUGUCCGAGCUCUUCACCGCGCGCCGCGUCCAGUCGUUCCGCCCCAUCCGCGAGGAGGAGGUCGCCACCGCGCUCCGCACCGUCGGCGAGGCCGCCGCCGCCGCGCGCCCCGUGGAGAUGCGCGCGGUGCUGUCCGCGCUCGUCACGGACAGCACGGUGCGGGCCGUGAUAGGCGACCGGUGCAGGGAGCGCGACGCGUUCCUCCGGGAGCUCGACCGCAUCCUGGAGCUCGCGUCUGGGUUCAACGCGGCCGACAUGUGGCCGUCCUCGCGGCUCGCCGCCUGGCUGAGUGGAGCCGAGGAGUGCCGCCACACCCUGUACAGCAUCCUCGACGGCAUCGUUCAGGAGCACCUGGAGAGGAUGCACGGCGGCGGAGGCCACGCCGAGGACCUGCUCGACGCGCUGCUCAAGAUCCAGAAGGAGGGUGGGCUCAAGUUUCCCAUCCACAUGGACGCCGUCAAAGCCAUCAUCCUCGACGUGUUCGCCGCCGGCAGUGAAACAACAACUACGACGCUAGAAUGGGCGAUAUCAGAGCUGAUCAACAACCCGAAGGCCAUGCAGAAGGCGACGACCGAGGUGCGGCAAGCCUUCCAUGGCCAUGGCGCCGUGUCCGAGGACGCCCUAAGCGAGCUCCCAUACCUACGCAUCGUCAUCCGGGAGACGCUGCGGCUGCACGCGCCGCUGCCGUUGCUAUUCCGCGAGUGCCAGGAACCCUGCCAGGUGCAGGGAUACGACGUGCCGCGGGGCACCCAGGUGCUGGUCAACGGUUGGGCGCUAUGCCGCGACGAGCGCUACUGGCCCGACGCGCCCGAGGAGUUCCGGCCGGAGCGGUUCGAGGGAGAAGAAGCGGCGAAGGCCGACUUCGGAGGCGGCGACUUGGCGUUUGUGCCCUUCGGCGCCGGCCGCAGGAUGUGCCCCGGCAUGGCGUUUGGCCUCGCCGGCGUCGAGCUCCCGCUUGCGAGCCUGCUCUUCCACUUCGACUGGGAGCUGCCAGGGCCAGGCUCGGCGAAGCUCGACAUGACGGAGACGUUCGGGCUCACGGCGCGGCGGACAGACCAGCUCCUCUUGCGCCCUGUCCUUCGGGUCCCUAUUACCGGAGUCUAGUCAUGAAUAUAAAUAAACUACUAGUAAAACACAUGGAUGUUAUACUGUAAGACUAUAAUUAUACCCACGUAGUAAAUAAAUUGCCUACCGUUGCAUAGCAUCAUUGGUAUUAUUAUGCAAUAACUAGCGUAGUGGGGCUAGAUCAAUAUGUGGUUCCUGAAUACAUUGUUAACCUACCUAUUUGAAA